AUGGCGCGAAACCAGGAAAAAGCGCAGUCGAUGCUGUACCGCUUCCGCGAAGCGCAAGCCGCAUCGCUCGGCAUCACACCCAAAUCCACCCGGCGUCCGCGCCUCGCAUCCUCGGUCACCUCGCUCAAAGAGUGCGAGCGAUGGCGCGGUGAAGUGAUCCGCGAGAUCUCGCGCAAGGUGUCCAAGAUUCAAGACUUUGGUCUGACCGACUACGAGGUGCGCGAUCUCAACGACGAGAUCAACAAGCUAUUACGCGAGAAGGGGCAUUGGGAGAACCAAAUUCUGUCGCUUGGCGGUGCAAAUUACAAGCGCGGGGUGCCAAGUAUGCUGGGUGGCGAUCAGGGGGCGAGCGCGGGCGGGAGGGGCGGAGGAUACAAGUACUUCGGAAGGGCGAAAGACUUGCCUGGCGUCAAGGAGCUGUUUAGCGGCAAGAGGGACGAGGAGGCGGAGGGGUGGAGGAGCGAGAAAUACCAGAGGUUUAGGAAUUUGCCGCCGAGCUACUAUGGAGAUGAGGACGAAGACGACGGGGUGCUGCUCGAGCAAGAAGCGCGGGCGGAGGAGGUGGAGUGGAACGAGCGAUUCUUGCAUGUCGUCCAAGGGUUGAAACAGGACAUCCGUCGACGAGAUAGAUCCACAGAGCAGGACGAUGACGAAAUGGACUUCAGCGAUACAGACGACACCUCGAAUGGUGGAAUCGAAGUCCCCAUCAUCCCCAGACCACCACCCCAACCCUGGAAGCAAAGCAUGGAGGCCUUCGCACAGUCCUUCUCCACAUCCUACUCCCACCCCGAAGCGUCAACGGCGGCAGCUGAUGCAGAGACCUCGUCCAAACGCGCUCCCACAGACGAUGACAACGACCUGCACACCGACACAAAACGGCUCAGAGGUCAACACGGACAACCAGUUGCCACCACACAAACGCCAACGUCAGCAGCUGAACCCGAAGCUGCACCAGUGACACCGGCACCGAGCGUAGGAUACUCAAUCUUCACUGCUGAAGAUCUGCAGAACCCUGUGGUGCCCGACCGCGCAGCGAUCGAGAAGGUCAUCUUGCAGGCCAAGAAGAGGCAGCUAAGGCAGGAGUACAUCGGUGCAUGA